AUGGCAUUGUCACGUGCAUUGUUCGCUUUUUCUGUGCUUGAACGCAUACCGUGUUUGCCGGACCAGGUUUACUUUCCAGCUUGUAUGUUUUUCGUAGCUGGACCAAAUUUUUGCCGAAAGCCGUUGCCGAAUUUUACGCCUUCCCGCGAAUCACCGUUGGUCGCCAGUCGGCGAGGUAAACAACGGCGACUUUCUGUGGACAAGGUGUAUUCUAACAAGUCAAUAUCGAACAUCGUCGAGUCCAGUCAUUACACCGAAAUCCAUAACUGGUGUCGUGAAGAAGGCCAACCAUGCAAAUGGUCGUUUUGGUCAAGGCCGUAUCAUUGCAUCGUUGGUGAAUACGAGAGCGAGCCGCUGCUAGUGCCGGACGGCUGUCAAUUUGCCCAUGUUGACGACCGGAACUUGUGUGCAAAUUUUUCGUCAUGGAACGCGACGGCGAUUCAGAACUGCGCGAAUCGCAAUGGUCAGCGAGUGCUAUCGUUCUCGAUGCUCGAGUCUUGCGGUCUGGACCGCUUCUCCGGGGUGCAGUUCGUCUGUUGUCCUGCCAAGGAUGAGAAGUCGACUACGACGACGACGAUGGCUAACGCCCGCCGUCUGCAGAACAUCAGCGCAAAACUGCAGAACGAAGCUUUGGCCGUCGAAUACGACGCUAGCGACAACGAGAGCGACGAGGAUGACGGUGAUGACGAAGACGAUGGGCAGUACGACCGUAUCGACGCCUCACAGGUGACCAAGUCCACUGCCGCGCCUAAGUCGCCUGUAGCUACGUUGACCAAGGCAUUCGUUACGAAGGACGUCGUUAUGACCGAUGACGACGAUGAUGAUGACGAAGACGAUGAAGACGAUGACUUUGAAGAAAAGGACCCAUACUUCCGGAUUGCCGAUCCAAAACGAGAGCACGAAUUGUACCAUGCUGCUCUGCAGCGCCUGGAGCAGCGACAUCGUCCGAAAGUUAAUAAGGAAAUCAAGGAGUGGUCAGAAGCGCAACUCCGCUACAAGGAGGUGAAGGAGAAAGAUCCGAAAUAUGCUGAGAAGUUGAACAAACAGAUUAGCAAGAGUUUCGAAAACACAGUGGCCGCGCUGGAAGAGGAGUACAGGGACGAACGGCUGCAAAUCGAGGAGGUGCACCAGCAGCGAGUGAUGGCGGAGAUGAACGAGAAGAAGCGUGCAGCGUUGAAGUUGUUCCGUGCCAGCCUCGUUUCGUCUAAACCUAACCGCAAGAACCUGUUGCACGCGAUGAAGGCGUUGUUCCGCAUCGAAGAGAAAAACCGUACUCACCUGCUGAACCAUUUCAAACAUCUGUUGAGAACCGACCCGGAGGCAGCCAGUGCUUUCAAGUCGUCCCUGCAGAAAGGCCUGAGGGACAUCGACCUGUCGGAGAACCGGACGAUCGCAAUGCUACGACAGACUCCAUCUUUGGAGAGUAAAGUCAGGACCGCCAUAAUGGAAUUCUGGCAAAUAUACCGACAAGAAAACACCCCGGACGUGUCAAGUAGCUACCUGACUUCGAUCCACGAUCCACACAGCAAUGAGCGGUUGAUUGCUUUUUACGAAAGCCAAUACAGAUCAGAUUUUGGCAACAGGAACAAAAUCAAAUGGAGGAACAAUGUGGAUGUCGCAAAUGUUGUCAACCAGCAGCAGCGCAAAGAGCAGUCGCCGCCUGAGCCUCCUGUCAUGGUACGUGACCCACAAUCGGUAGACAAAAAGAAACCAUCCAGCACGGGCGAAGAGAGUGCCCACACUUCAUUUCACUACAAGCCGUUGGAUUCGUUCGUGAAGAAGAACAACCUCGUUCAAGAGUUUGUAAGUAAGCAGUAUCGAUCCCACCUUUCGAUCGUGUUUCUUCAGGUCGACGCUUGCACUCCCGAAGAACGGCACGUCGCAUGCAUGCAAAUCAACGGAUACGAGAACCCGGCAUACAAAUAUUUUGAAGACCGAUCGUAA